AUCUCUUGUUUGUGUGCUAGUGCCUGCUGACACACAACUCUUUGCUUUAAAAAAAGAAGUCUGUUGGUCUGUCAGUGACUGCUUUACAAGUGUGGUCAAGGAUUCUUAAGGCACUCCUCAUUACACACUCUGGUAUUGAAGAAACAUCGGACCAUUGAUUUCCUCUCUGUAUUAUACAUCUGGAAGUAAACAAGAGCAUGUUGGGUAGAACUGGCAAGAAAUUGACGCAUAUUUCAGAUUUUUCUUUGGGUCUGGAGUGAUCAAAGGGACAGUGAGAGGACAAAGGAACAAAACGUAAAGAAACUGGAUGGCUUCUACAGUGAGCAUAAACUUGGAUAAAGACACAUUACUGGUGGAUGGAAUACCACCCGCAAAAAAACCCAGGAAACUAUUGCCAAGCCUUAAAACCAAAAAGCCCGGUGAACUUGUUCUGGUAAUUGGGACAGGGAUCAGUGCAGCCGUAGCUCCUCAAGUUCCAGCACUGAAGUCUUGGAAAGGAUUAAUCCAGGCCCUGCUGGAUGCUGCAAUUGACUUUGAUCUUCUUGAAGAGGAGGAGAGCAGAAAGUUUCAGAAAUGUCUCCAAGAAGACAAGAACCUUGUUCAUGUUGCCCAUGACCUUAUCCAGAAACUGUCUCCGCGCACUAGCAAUGUCCGCUCCACGUUUUUCAAAGACUGUCUAUAUGAGGUGUUUGAUGACCUAGAGUCUAAAAUGGAGGAUUCUGGGAAACAGCUGCUUCAGUCUGUGCUUCACUUGAUGGAAAAUGGAGCGCUCGUAUUAACUACAAACUUUGAUAACCUUCUGGAACUGUAUGCAACAGACCAAGGGAAACAGCUUGAAUCUCUCGACCUUACUGAUGAAAAAAAGGUGCUGGAGUGGGCACAGGAGAAAAGGAAGCUCAGUGUCUUGCAUAUCCAUGGAGUUUACACAAACCCCAGUGGAAUAGUUCUCCAUCCAGCUGGGUACCAGAAUGUGCUGCGCAACACAGAGGUUAUGCGGGAGAUCCAGAAGCUGUAUGAAAACAAAUCAUUCUUGUUCCUGGGCUGUGGCUGGACUGUGGAUGACACCACAUUUCAGGCACUCUUCCUAGAAGCUGUGAAGCACAAGUCGGAUCUGGAGCACUUCAUGCUGGUGCGGAGGGGAGACGUGGAUGAAUUUAAGAAGCUCCGUGAAAACAUGCUGGAUAAAGGGAUUAAAGUCAUUUCAUAUGGCGACGAAUAUGCCGACUUACCUGACUACUUCGAGAGGUUAACAAGUGAGAUCUCCACGCGGGGUCAAGCAGCUCAGCCUAGAGAAGGACAGCUAAAUGGCUCUGCUACAGCCCAUGCUGAAAUAAAAGGGGGCAGUACCUGAGCUUCUACUCAGCUGUUUGUGCUACUGGUUCACCUGAGUUCAAGACCUUGGCAGCUAUCCCACCAGCCUGUGGACCUCAGUCAGUUUACAGGAAAAGCACUCACUUUUUCAGUGGCUGGUUAUUAAGAAACUGGGAUUCAGUUGUGAUCCUGCUAGAAACAACCAGACUUGACUGAGCCCCUGUUGGAUGAUCCUAGCUGCUGAAGAUGGCUUGUAGUUUACACAGCAGUUACUGCAACCUUGAAGAGAAAGGAGGAUUAUUGUAUCUGGAGGGAAUCUCUCCCUCUCUAAACAGCAGCAGCCUCUGCAGUUUAAUAUCUUGCACAUUUCAAUGAAAUGAAACUUGGAGCAGUUUUUAUUACUUGACGCUCUAGUUUUCUAGUCCUUUCUUUAUACUGUAUUUUGUAUGUUGAAGCUGUAUUAAAAGCCUGUUCACUUAA